UACAGAGAGAGAAACAAAAAUCAAAAUAAAAUAAACAGAGAGAAAGAGGAAGAAUCGCUUGGUUUAUAAGCCAUUUCAAACCAAAAUUUCUGCAACACCAAAUUACAGAUUUUGGGAGAGAAAGAGAAGGAGAAGGAGAAGGAGAGGGACAAGGAGUGAGUUUUGGGCUUUCUCUAGGAAACCGAAAGAAAGCCGAAGGGAUGGGAGAGUCAAGCGAUUCCGUUUCUGUUGAUAUGGAAACUAUCUCUCUUGGUGGAAAGGAGCAUCUCGUACAGACUAGCCAUGGGUCAGUAUCUGUUUCUGUGUUUGGUGAUCAGGACAAGCCGGCACUUAUUACCUACCCUGAUAUAGCUCUAAAUCAUAUGUCAUGUUUCCAAGGAUUGUUUUUCUGCCCAGAAGCAUCUUCGCUGCUGCUUCACAACUUCUGCAUCUACCACAUUAGUCCUCCUGGGCAUGAGUUAGGAGCUGGUGCGAUUCCUUCCGAUGAUCCUGUGCCCAAUGUUGAUGAUUUGGCGGAUCAGGUUGCAGAAGUUCUUGACUACUUUGGCUUAGGUGCUGUGAUGUGCUUGGGAGUCACAGCUGGUGCAUACAUCCUUACGCUCUUUGCUACGAGGUAUAGGGAGCGUGUCAUUGGUUUGAUACUCGUGUCUCCGUUAUGCAAAGCACCCUCUUGGACAGAGUGGUUAUACAAUAAGGUUAUGUCAAAUGUCCUGUACUUUUACGGGAUGUGUAGUGUGGUGAAGGACUGUUUGCUUCAGCGCUACUUCAGCUUGGAAGUUCGUGGCAAUUCACAAGUCCAGGAAUCAGAUAUUGUACAAGCGUGCAGAAGUUUGCUAAAUGAGAGGCAAAGUACAAAUGUACUGCGAUUUCUUGAAGCAAUUAAUGGGAGAUAUGACAUUAGCGAUAGACUAAAGAAGUUACAGUGUCGGACACUCAUUUUUGUGGGCGAGAACUCUCCAUUCCACUCAGAGGCAAUUGACAUGACCUCAAAACUCGACAGAAGAUACAGUGCCUUGGUUGAGGUACAGGCAUGUGGAUCAAUGGUAACGGAAGAACAGCCACAUGCAAUGUUAAUACCAAUGGAGUAUUUCUUCAUGGGGUAUGGGCUAUACCGACCAACUCAGCUUAGUGGCAGCCCUAGGAGUCCAUUAAGUCCAUCUUGCAUUUCUCCAGAGCUUCUCUCGCCAGAAAGCAUGGGCUUGAAGUUAAAGCCGAUAAAAACUCGGAUAUCUCUUCAAGUCUAAAGCUGUAGAGGGAAGUUGAUGACGGUGAUAAUGCACGGUGCGAUUCUGUAACUUACUCUGCUGUAAUCUAAAAAUGAGUUGUUUUUUUGGUUGUGGGCAGGAAGGGUUUGGUGUAUAGAUAAGAGAGAGAGAAAAGUUUUUAUAUAAUACAUUAUAUAUAGAGAGAAAUGGGGGGCAUAACGGAGAGUUUUAGAGACAGUAAAAAUUCAUUCAUUUGUAGUAGGGUUUCAUAAAAGUGAUCAGAGGGAGAUAUAUUAGAGAGAGAUGUAAAUUCUCAAAAGAAUAUUUAUGAUGAUGAAGAUGAUGAAAAUCAAAUUGAAUAAUAAUGAGAGGGUUAAGGGGAGAUUUGGUUGAUCAUUGGUGGUGGUGGUACGGUUGUUGGCUAAUGAAUAAUGAUAAAUAUGUGGGCCUUUUGGUAGUUCAAUCAUUUGGCGGUGCACCUUCUCUUUUGUUUUUCUUCACUUGUAUAUUUGCAUCUGUUUUUGUUGAUGAAUUUUGUAUUUACUCGAGUAUGUGCCAAUGAGGCGCCAGACAUUUAGUUUCACCCUUGUUGUUG